UCGUUCCUCCCCUCCCUAGUACUGCCUCCCUCCCUCUCUCUCUCUCUCUCUCUCUGAGGGGCGAAUUCUUGGGUUUCAUCAUCUUCUGGUUGUAUGUAAAUUUAACACUCCAUUAAUCUUUGCUCAGCGUCAAGAAUGUCAAGUAACAAUGAUGGAAUAGCAGAUCAUACGACCGAAGUUUGGGAGGAGGAAAAGGAGGAUGAGGUUGCCGAUCAAGAUCAGCAUGAACAACAAGAGAAGCAGCUGAAGGGCCGAAAGGUUUCAUGGCAGAAGCUGAGGAGAUACGACUCCUUGGACAUCGAAUCCCGCAAGGUUCCCGCCGACUGGCACGGCGGCCAUGGCUCCUCGAAAGGGACGGCGAAAUGGUCGGUGUUAUUGCAGCUGGCGUUCCAGAGCAUCGGCAUCGUCUACGGCGACAUCGGCACGUCGCCGCUCUACGUCUACGCCUCCACCUUCACCGACGGCAUCCACCAUAACGACGACAUUCUCGGCGUCCUCUCCCUCAUCUUCUACACCAUCACCUUGAUUACUCUCAUCAAGUACGUCUUCAUCGUCCUUCGAGCCAACGACAACGGGGAUGGCGGAACGUUUGCACUGUACUCACUGAUAUGCAGAUACGCGAAGGUGGGUCUGAUUCCGAGCCAAGAGGCGGAAGACCGGGAUGUUUCAACUUAUCAGCUGGAGCUGCCGAGCAGUCGCGGCCUCCGGCUGGCGUCAAAGCUGAAGUCGAAGCUGGAGAACAGCCGGUUCGCCAAGUUCUUCCUGCUCUUCGCCACCAUGCUUGGCACUUCCAUGGUCAUAGGCGACGGUGUCCUCACUCCUUGCAUCUCAGUUUUAUCAGCUGUGGGUGGAAUCAAGGAAGCCACUUCCGCCAUGACCGAAGAUCGGAUUGUUUGGACGUCAGUGGCCAUCUUAAUCGGGCUGUUCAUGGUCCAAAGAUUCGGAACUGACAAAGUGGGCUACAGCUUUGCUCCUAUAAUCUGUGUUUGGUUCCUGUUCAUCGCUGGCAUUGGCGUCUACAAUUUCUUCCAUCAUGACCCCUCAGUAGUUAAAGCCUUAAAUCCAAUGUACAUCUUCGAUUAUUUCCAACGAAACAAGAAACGAGCUUGGAUCUCACUCGGAGGCGUUGUCCUCGCCAUAACAGGAACUGAAGCAUUAUUCGCCGACGUCGGCCACUUCAACGUCCGGUCAAUUCAAAUAAGCAUGUGCAGCGUGACUUAUCCGGCGCUGAUAUUGGCCUACACCGGACAAGCCUCUUUCCUUCGCAAGCACCACGGCGACGUUGCCGACACAUUCUUCAAGUCCACUCCAGAUCGUAUGUAUUGGCCAAUGUUCGUGGUGGCUGUUUCGGCGGCAAUCAUAGCGAGCCAAGCCAUGAUUUCUGGGACAUUCUCCAUCAUCCAGCAGUCUCUCUCGCUCGGCUGCUUCCCUCGCGUCAAGAUCGUCCAUACUUCAGCCAAGUAUGAAGGCCAAGUCUACAUCCCCGAGAUCAAUUACCUUCUCAUGCUCGCUUGUGUUGCCGUCACUGCCGGCUUCAGAACCACUGCCAAGAUUGGAAAUGCAUAUGGUAUUGCUGUCGUGUUUGUGAUGACGCUGACAUCGUCUUUCUUGGUUCUGAUCAUGAUCAUGAUAUGGAAAACUCACAUUGCUCUUGUAAUCUUGUACGUUCUUGUUAUCGGCUCGGUUGAGUUGAUCUACUUGAGCUCAGUCCUCUAUAAAUUUGAUCAAGGAGGGUAUCUUCCAUUGGCCUUCGCCCUGGUUCUAAUGGCGGUAAUGUACAUAUGGAAUUAUGUGUAUCGAAAGAAAUACUACUAUGAGCUCGAGCACAAGAUCUCUCCAGAGGAGGUGAAGCAGAUCGCCAAUGACAUCAACUUGAGCCGAAUUCCUGGCCUCGCCGUGUUCUACUCGGAGCUCGUCCACGGGAUUCCCCCCAUCUUCAAGCAUUAUCUCAGCAACGUGCCGGCGCUGCAUUCUGUGCUUGUCUUCGUGUCUUUUAAAUCAUUGCCGACGAGCAAGGUUCCACCGGAGGAACGGUUCCUCUUUCGUCGCGUGGCGCCGAGGGAGCUGAACGUGUUUCGUUGCGUGGUGAGGUAUGGGUACACCGACAUGCGGAGCGAGCAGGACCAACCCUUCGAGAGAACGCUGGUGGAGAGGCUCAAGGAGUUCAUUCGUGAGGAUUGCAAGUUCUCCACCACGAUAGUUCAGAAUAACCACAAUGAUUAUGAACAGAUGGAAACCAGGCAACCCAACGGCGAGAGCAACGGAAACCACAGUUACGAGGCGGAGAUUGAGGUUGAGGUCGUGGAGAAGGCAUGGCUAGAUGGGGUGGUUCACUUGGUAGGGGAGAGCGAGGUGGUUGCCGGAAAAGGGGUUGGAUUGGGGAACAGGGUUUUGAUAGAUUACGGAUACAGGUUCUUGAGGCGGAAUCUAAGGCAGACUGAUAAGGUAUUUGAUAUUCCUCACAAGCGAUUGCUCAAGGUGGGGAUGACUUAUGAGCUUUGAGGCGAUAGCCAGUAUGAUAAAUAAUUGUAGAUUUUGGAUUAUUUUCCUGUAAUUUUGCUGCAUUUUUAAGGGGAAAAAAUGGCUGAGUGCAUUUUGUUCCUCCUCUUCUGAAAUAUAUGUAUACUUAAGAGUUACAUACAACACACACCUUUAAGUUAUAAUUAAUGAAAUACAAAAGGGUAAGUGCCAAGCAAAAAUGCAACAUUUCUU